GCUCACACAGCGCCAAGCGGCAGGGCGAAGUGAGAGUGUGUCUGUGAAUCGCUCCAAAGUGCACUCAGACCACACCAGGCACGACUCGGCACACGGAGGGACGCGCACGUUAGGAGCGAAACGCACCGCGAGGACUUCAGGCAAAAGGCGCUUCUCUGCGAGGCGCGCGACCGGCAGCGGGCGAAGGAUGCUGUGCAGCAGCUCCGUGGUUGUGGAGUGCGGGUAGUGCACGCCGCGCUGCUCCGGGUCCAGGUCGCGUUAACGGACGCUCCGGUUCUCCGGUGCCUGGGUUGGAGAUUGUGGACUUUCGAUCACAUUGGACUUUUGAGCUACAUGUCUGCUUGGCAGUUAGCGUGAUAUUGAAAGACAUUAGAAGAAAGUGUUUAUUUCAAGAAAUCUUUUUUUUUUUCUGCUCUAAGGCUGCAGGGGUAGUUUAAACUAUCCGGCUCAUAUUGGACUUUUUCCUCUUUUUUUCCAGUAUGGGACCUUAUACAAAAAGUCGCUCCGGGACUUUUGACUUUUGACAUUGGACUGGAAUAAACAAUUAAUAGCUGACAUAAAUUGUCAUAUUACCUGUUCGAUCGCUCCCGAUCUUUUAGUUCGUCAAGGAGAUGCUUUUUUGUCACGUUCGCGCCGAAGAAAAGCGCACAGAAAAACUUUGGACUAUGGUAGGUUACCCGUGCAGCAAGUUAAACAACAGUGUUCUAUGUGCGUUUGCUUAAUCAAAGACAAAAGGCAGAGCCGUCAAAUGCGCGCAUAAACACGGGAGCCGGAACACAGUUUGCGUGCGUAUUUGGACAGUCUAUUCCCUCUCGCGCCCGCGUCCUUGGAGAAGUUGAAAAACAAAAAACAAUUGAUGAAACGCAAUGAUUAACUUAUUUCACGCGUUUCAACAUUUAAAGAAUACAAAUCAGUUUGAUCAUUAGACAUUUGAACAAUUUCUUUAUAUCUUUUUUUUUCCUUUUGGGGACAGACUGUAAAAAAAAACAAAAAAAAACAGACAGUGCGCUGAUGUCAGGCAAACUGGCCGUCAUGUGGGAUUGAUUGCAGGGGAGUAUGUUUGGGCUGGAGCAGUUUGCUUCUCAGAUUAAUAGCAGAAACCCUCGCCAAUCAGAGAGAAACAUAAACCUAUCGAGACUGAACAUGGGCUCUCAUUAUAAAAGUCCGGGUUUUCACGCUGGCGGCCCGCCGGGAGCCGUGGAACCCGGCAUGGGCUCUCUGAGCGAACCGCAAAUGCUCGGGCUCAAUAUGAACAUGAACGGAGAACAGUACGGGGGCUUUCACCCGCGGGGCCACUCGGACAUGCAUGCAGGCAGCGGACUUCAGCAGCAGCAGCAGCAAGGACCCAUGCAUGGAUUUUUUAACAACCAGCAACCUCACCAAGGGCAUCCUCACGGCCAUCAACCUCACCCCCACCAACCUCACCCUCAUUUCGGUGGAAAUUUUGGAGGCCCAGAGCCAGGAUCAUCAUGUCUGCAUGGUGGCCGGCUAAUGGGCUACAACAACAAUGGCAUGGGACCACAGCAGGGCUUUGGAGAAGGAUUUGAUCCUCUCGCUGAGGCGCAGGCAGGGGAUGGCUUUCCCCCGCAGCAGCAGCAGCAACAGCAGCAACGGCCUGGUAACAUGCCUGACUUUCAACAUCACGGCCCUCCCAGUGUCAGCCAUGCGGUCCCCGCCCCCUGUCUACCCUUGGACCAGUCACCUAACAGAGCAGCAUCCUUCCACGGUCUCCCGUCCUCCUCAUCCUCCUCCUCUGAGUCUCACGGCCUAGAGUCUCGGCGAAUGCCCAACCAGGGAGCUGUAGAGGGAUUAGAGUAUAACUUCCCAAGUGAGCCCCCAUCUGGACAUUUUGAUGUACAUGUAUUUUCCCCAUCAGAAUCAGAAUCUCAGAUACCCCAUUUUGGCCCAGGAAGGCCUGUCCCCAGUGCUAAUUUCCCAGGGAACCCUGGCAUGCCACGGACCUCAGGUAUGCCGGGCAUCCCUAAGGGACACCAGCCGCCACCACAGCCCCAGCAACCCCAGCAGCCUCAGCAUGGAGUGUUUUUUGAGCGUUUUGGAAAUGGUCGUAAGGUGCCCGUGGGAAUCGAGCCGGGGGUCAAUGCAAGACAUUCUCUCAUGCAGCAGCAGCAACAACAAGCUGGCUUGAUAGCCAGACAGAAUUCAUGCCCCCCUGGCCUCCCCCGACCCCCUCAGGCCGAGCCUGGCGCUACUAACCCUAACAUUCUGGAUGGAGGGGUCAUGAUGCCUGGCCCACACAACCAGUUUGAGUAUCCCAUUCACAGACUGGAAAAUAGGGGUAUGCACCCCUAUGGGGACCCCAUGUUUAAUAUGCAACAACCAGCUCCUCCCCCCUCCCAACAACCGCCAAAUCAGAGGCUGCAACACUUUGACUCUCCUUAUAUGAACAUGGCGAAAAGACCGCGAUUUGACUUUCCGAAUGCACAUGGCGGUGAAGGCUGGUGUGGUGGAAUGGAUAACCACCUCUCUCCCUCUGCAUAUGCCGGCCUACCUGGUGAGUUCACCCCACCUGUGAGUGAAGGCUUCCCACCAGGUCCCCUUCAGCAUCCAGGGCCUGAGCAGCAGUCUCUACAGCAGCGGCAGAAUGCAGCCAUGAUGAUAAAACAAAUGGCAUCGCGCAACCAACAGCAGAGAAUGAGGCAGCCCAGUCUGCAGCAGCUGGGUCACCAUGGCGAUGUACCUCCUGGCCCAAUGACUCACGGAGGCCCAGUGGGGAACAUGCCCCAACCCGGCUUUGACAGGGAGAAUGCUGGCAGGAUGCCCAACAUUGAUGGACAAAAUCCUCAUGUAACUCAGGAGAACUCCUGGUUUCAAGGGAACCACCCACCAGGGGAGAUGAUGUCACGGCGCAUGGGUGGAGCGGGUAAUGAAUCGGGGCCCCAUGACAUGGGGCUACAGCAAAACGGAGCCGGAAUGAUCUUUAGGCCAGGCAUGGGCAUGCAGGAGCCCAUGAGAAUACCAGGAGAUGGUCAUGUACAGGCUCUCCAUUCCCCGGGCAUGCACUCACAAUUCAGCGGCAACAUGGGCAAUCUCUCACAAAUGCAGUCGCCAGGAGCGGGAACGGGGCAUCCGAAUGCCCCAGCAGAGAGGCGGGCAGCUGAAUUUCCUGCACCUCCGAUGGGAGCACAGCCAACUUUUCCCUAUGGGGGGGCUAACCGUCAGGGUCCUGCCCACAGCGCUCCCCAGGGGGUGAACACAUCACCAGCGAGCUACCCUUCUCAGUCUGAGUUCCCCCCAGGCCAGCGGCCGUCUGUUAGUAAGCUGGGAGCUCUCUCCCUCGGGAACUUCAGCAAAACCAGCGCUAAAGACAGUGUUUUUGGCCAGAGCUGCCUGGCGGCCCUGUCCACGGCUUGCCAGAACAUGAUUGCUAGCCUUGGGGCCCCCAAUCUUAACGUUACCUUCAACAAGAAGAACCAAAAUGAGGGCAAGCGAAAAUUGAGUCAGACAGAGCAGGACAUUAAUAGCAGCACAUCUAAUGGGACUGGCAGUGCUGGACCUGAAUAUUUUCAGAGUAGCACUUCCCAGAACAGCCAGAUGCCUGGCACUGGGAAUAGCAACUCUAAGCCCACAAGUCAAAGCCAGACGGUGCAGGGGGAAGCCAGUGCCCUCUCCCCAAAUUACAACAUGGACGCUACCCCAUGCAGUGAGGGGAAGGCAACAACAGGGAGUGGGAGAGGGAGAGGCAGGAGAAAAAGAGACAGUGGUCAUGUGAGCCCUGGAAUUUUUUUUUCCCCUGACAAUGGUAACCCUGUUGUAAGUCCAGGCCAGCAGACCCCCUCUGCUGGUGUUGGGGAGAGGGGUGGGGGUACACCCCAUGAGAAACACCUCCAAUCACCGUCUUGGGGAAAAGGAGGAGACCUAAUGUUGGGGGAUCAGGCCGAUUUGAUGUCUUCCUUGGACAGUGGCAUUCAAAGUGUUGCCAAGUCUGAAAGUAGCUCACCGCGGGUGGACUUUCCUGACGAUGUCAGCACCCACUACGGCAACGAGGACGAGGUGUCCUCCAGCUCGGAUGCGGGAGGCGCCUCUGCCUCCAAGUCUAAUCGCAGCCCUAUGAUCACAGGCUCCCCCAAAAUGCAGAGGAGUGACCAUGGCUUGAUGAACGGACAGAAGCCUUUAGGCAUGGGCAUUAACAAUCACACUACCUCGCCGCCAGACAGCUACGGACUGAAUGCUGGUGGGGGCACAGGGGCCAGCGGGGUGAGCCACCCAGGCACUCCUGGGGUGGAGCAGGUACGCACUCCAUCCAGCACCUCUGGUCAGGAGGAAAUCCACCCGCUAGAGAUUCUGCAGGCCCAGAUACAGCUACAGCGGCAGCAAUUCAGUAUCUCUGAGGACCAGCCCCUGGCCAUGAAAAAUGGCAAAAAGAAUGGUGACUGUCCCUCACAGAACGGAGACAAUGAGCUGGCAGGCUGCAGUCCCGAUGCUGGGAAGGGCUCAAUGGGCACUAUUGACCUUGACACCCUCAUGGCAGAGCAGCACGCCACCUGGUACGUGCCCAGUGACAAGGCCAUGAUGGACGGGUCAGAAGAUGACAAGGCCAUGGGACCAUGGGAAAAGAACAAGGGCCAAAACAGCAGCAAAGAAGAAUCUGAGCUGUCCCAGAGUAAGGUUGGAGCCGCGGCCCCAGGAGCUGGAGGAGGAGGAGGAGGAGGGGGGGGGAGCAGCGGAGGUAACCACCUGCAGUGCCUGUCCGUCCACUGCACAGACGAGCUGGGGGACAGUAAGGGCCGAGGGGGGCCCGUCUCAUCCUGGCGCUCUCUCCACUCUGAUAUCUCCAACCGAUUUGGGACAUUUGUGGCGGCACUGACUUGAGCAAAGAGCGGAGCCCAGCGGGAAGAAGGAAAGAACAUUAAGGCGAAGAAAAGCUUCAAAGACAAUUCAUGUUGAUAACGAUGAUACCGAUGACGAUAGCGAAGUGUUGGUGAGGCGACUGCGAACAACUCCUGCCUGUCCAGGGACAGAGAGACAUUUAGACUCGUGAAAACAACACCGCAGACAUUCACUCUCGCCCUCUAAUCUCUUCUUUCUUACACAAAUAAAACAAACACACACGCACGCACGCAAAAACACACUUUUCCUCUGAGACUUACAGUACCCUUUUAGGACACUCUCUCACAUACUGCUGGGCAAUACAGUGUGUGCUUAACCAUUCUCACAUCUGGAAAACCUCAAAUCAAUAUAUAUAUAUAUUUUUUUUUUGUCAAAGGAAAAAUAAAGAAAUGUCAAGGAGGAGACCACCAGAAGAUGGAGAAUAAGAGAUAUUCAGUUGUCAUUGGCUUUGAUUGUAUAACAGUUGAGUAUUGUGAUACAACUACCCAAUCCACACACACACACACACACACACACACACACACACACGCACACACACACGCACAUUCACCCUUAUGCGGCCUACUGUGUAAUUAGCAGUGGCCUGAACACUAGAAGCUAAACAAGAGGAAGAUCGAAGGAGGGGUGAUUUUGCAUGAAUGUAACUCAACUCAGUUUUGUGAACACAAUUCUCCCCUCUUUGGCAAAGAAAAUGUUAACCGUUAUCAUUUGCUGCUCUUAAUCAUUUAUGAUUUGUUGUAGUUCGCCAUUAUUUGUAUUCCUUUAUUCUGUUCUCUCGUCUUCUACUCACCUCUUCUAUCAUCCUUAUAAGCUCAGCUUGCAUACAAUUUAGCCAAUGAGAACUGAAAAUGGAGGUCAAGGGAUUGUUUAAUAAGGGAAUUGAAAAAAAUACUAUUGGUAUUGCACAUGUAUAAUAAAAGAAAAUUUGCUGUGUGUUAGGCAAUCUUGUAAUCUUUAAAUAAAGCUUCUGUCUAAUUUGAAUUUCUGAAACAAUAGACGGAGGACUGUGACGGCAAUUUACAAACUGAUAUUUGUUUUUGGUUUUCUUUUUUAAUAAUAAGUAAAGUGCAGUCGUCUGUUUUCCUGCAUAUUGUAUAUAUCUGUAUAUGUUUUAUUGAGUAACUAAAUAACAAUAAAUAUGACGUUAAAGGUGA